CCUCAAGAUCGCCAACCGCAACCACCCCCGUCUUCGUUACUUUUGGAUGUCCGCCGAAGGGGGAUUGAAUAGCUGCAAGGAAAUCGAAGGGGAAGGCUGCGCGAUAGCCUCUAUAUACGGGGAGGAGUAGAACGAGAGGCACGAAGCCACGAAGAGCGGCCGAGGAGACGACCGCGUGAGGUAGGAGAUGAGCGGCGGCGAAGGCGGCACUGGCCGUGGGAACCCCAGUCCCAAUCUUGAAUGGAGGUUCAACCAAACCCUCCGAAAUGUUCAAGGGUUACUACGAGGUCGCAGCUUUCCUGGCAAAGUUCUGCUGACUCGCAAAUCUGAGCCUCUAAAUGUUAAUGAUUCUCCUGUACGCUCUAAAGAAAUUACAAGAAGCUACUCUGAAAAUGAUCGUGGAGAUCAACAUGCAUGCAGUUCCCAUGAGGCAGAAGUUCAAAGUUCUGGAAGAACAGCAAGCAACACGAUCCUUCAGAAGACAAAUAUAUCAACCUCAAACAAUGCAAAUACACCUCCAGAUGCUAAGGGUUCUGUUUCUGGAGCUAGAGCCACAGAUUCUGCAAGAAUUGCAAAAUUUACAAAGGAACUUUCUAGACCAGCUGUUAUAUUAGAGAAACUGCGUGAAUUAUCUUGGAGUGGCAUACCCCCAUAUAUGCGGCCUAAUAUAUGGAGGCUUCUUCUGGGAUAUGCAUCACCUAAUACAGAUAGACGUGAGGGAAUUUUGGCUAGAAAACGACUCGAGUAUGUUGAUUGUGUCUCUCAGUAUUAUGACAUUCCUGACUCUGAACGUUCAGAUGAUGAGAUUAACAUGCUUCGCCAGAUUGCUGUUGACUGCCCAAGAACAGUACCUGAUGUCACUUUCUUCCAGCAUGCUCAAAUUCAGAAAUCAUUGGAACGCAUUCUCUAUACAUGGGCUAUUCGUCAUCCUGCAAGUGGAUAUGUUCAAGGAAUAAAUGAUCUUGUCACACCAUUUCUGAUGGUGUUCUUAUCUGAACAUCUAAAUGGCAGCAUGGAGAACUGGUCAAUUUCAGAUCUUUCUCCACAGAUGAUCUCUAAUAUAGAAGCUGAUUGCUAUUGGUGUCUCUCAAAGCUGCUUGAUGGCAUGCAAGAUCAUUACACAUUUGCUCAACCAGGAAUUCAGCACCUUGUUUUCAGACUGCGAGAGCUGGUUCGCCGCAUAGAUGAACCUGUAUCAAGACACAUGGAGAAGCACGGCCUGGAGUUUCUUCAAUUUGCUUUUAGAUGGUUCAAUUGCCUUCUAAUACGUGAGAUCCCGUUCCAUUUGGUUACCCGUUUGUGGGAUACUUAUCUUGCUGAAGGAGAUUCAUUGCCAGAUUUUCUUGUGUAUAUAUCUGCGAGUUUGCUAUUAACAUGGUCUGAUAAACUCCUAAAGCUUGAUUUCCAAGAGAUGGUAAUGUUCCUUCAACACCUUCCCACACUGGACUGGACUCACCAUGAGCUUGAGAUGGUCCUUUCCAGAGCAUUCAUGUGGCACACCAUGUUCAGCAGCUCUCCAAAUCAUCUAGCCAGCUAGAAUUUUUUGUUCCUUUGCCAACCAUGUAAGUUCCGCUCCAUUUAUUUCUUUUUAAUCUUUCCAUCUGUUUUAUGUUUCGAGUGAUUGUUGAAGGCCAGAGUUUUAAUCGCAUCGUUGCUUGUAACUUUCAUGUUCUAAAGUUGUAUAUUCUCCAUCAUAUGUAUGUAAAAUUUGAUGACACUCUGAUUUCUUAAGUGCAAGUAACCGGGUUCUAUGUUGUCUCCAAA